ACGUGUAUCAUUUUUUCUCCCAAUCCCAUCUCGUUAUCAACAUCAUCUUCAUCCAAAAUCGGUGUUACAGUCACCCCAGUCGUUCGUUGAAAACCCAUUCCCUCAAUCUCAAAAUGUUUCCCCAUGCCCUGUCUAUGGCUUCAGUCUUACCAUCCAUCCACUCCCCCGAACUUCCAUUUUAUCCUUCCAAAUCCAUCGCCUUCCAUCCUCCCAAAUCAUGUCUCCCUUUGAGAUGUUCCGUUUCUGUGGCUCCCCAACCAACCCAUUUACAUCCCAAUAACACCAACAAUAAAACCUCCCCAGCCGAGGUUUCUAGAACAAUCAUGGAGUUAUCCUCUGUUGGCAGUUUUUCCACUGCCACCCAAGACACUUGGCCUCUUGGUGUUGGGGUUCGCUUCGCCGUUGACUCUCAAGGCACACCAAUUGUUUGUUUAUCUGCCUCCUACCAACAUUUCGCUUCCCAAAAAAGCUCUAGCCUUAAUGUUCAGUUAGAGCAAUGUGGCAUGCGAACAACACAGUGCACCAUCCAAGGUAGCCUUCACAGACCUGACGAUCAAACUGCCUUGAAGAAGCUUGAGUCACUAUGGGAAAAGAGGUUUGGAGAAAAAGCAGACAACAACUUUAUUAAUAUUCUUGAAGUGGAACGGGUACUGCAAAUGGACAAUUUCAUGGAGGUGUGUCUGGAUGGUGUCUGGGUUACUUCUUCAGACUAUAGACUGGCAAAUGCUGAUCCACUCCGAGAUUUUGCUGAGUAUCUAGUUCGUGAGAUAAACACAAAUAAUAUGGAAGAUGUUCUGCGGUUUUGCAACAUCUAUGUGGACUCAGAUGUCCAGGUGUCAGAAGCGAAGAUGGUGUGGGUGGAUCGCUUAGGGUUCGACAUACAUAUCUAUUCUCCCCAAAAUGAUGUCUUUGAGGUUCGGAUCCCUUUCCCUAGAGAAGUCGCAGAUGAGAAGGGUGCAAAAUCAUCUUUUAAUGGUAUGUCCCAGCUUGCUUGGGAAGUCGAAAGAAAUUACUCUGGCCUAGAAUUUGAGAAAGUGAAGCAAUUGAAGAAGAUAGCCUCCAAAGUAUAGUGAUUAGAUUUGCAGUUUUGAAAGUUAAAAAGCAAAUUGUAUGGUGGAGCUUCAUGGUGAUAAAUCUAAUGUGCACUACAKCUUAACUCUCAAGUAUUCUUUAUGGGCCCCUAAUCUAGCAAGAGUUAAGUGGAGAAGCACUUAUAAAGCCUGGUGACCUGCUGUGUUCAGUUGCUUCAACAAAAUUUGUACGACUUCUCAUGUAUUUCAUAAUUUUCUAUCCUGCCUUCUGUCUCUAAGUAUGCCAUUUGUAAGAUGGUUAUCUCCUAUUAGCUUUUGGAUAGUUAUAUUGAUAGGAACGUAUUGCCAUCUUACAUGUAUGCUAUUGUUUCUAUGUGUGUGACUCGUUUGUUGUUGUGAUUUAGUCCUACAUUUUUUUUCAUGUAAUUGUAGUUGCCUAUAAUGUGCCUUGUGCUCUUGGUCCCCUUGUUUGU